CCGCCGCCGUCCCCAUUCCCCUCACGUCCGCCCGCCCCGCGCCGCUCCGCCGCUCCGCCGCUCCGCGAUGGCCAGCGCCUUCGCCCGCGCGCUGCCGGGCCGCCGCUCCGCCGGCCUCCUGGCCAUGGUGGGCGCCGGCUCGCUCGCCGCCGGCUUCCUGCUCGCCCGGGACACGGUCAGCGCGGGCGACCGGCAGCGGCGGCGCUACCCGCCCAGCGCCGAGUACCCCGACCUGCGGAAGCACAACAACUGCAUGGCCAGCAACCUGACGCCCGCCAUCUACGCCCGGCUCUGCGACAAGGCCACGCCCAACGGCUGGACCCUGGACCAGUGCAUCCAGACCGGCGUGGACAACCCCGGCCACCCCUUCAUCAAGACGGUGGGCAUGGUGGCGGGCGACGAGGAGACCUACGAGGUGUUCGCCGACCUGUUCGACCCCGUGAUCCAGGAGCGGCACAACGGCUACAACCCCCGCACCAUGAAGCACGUCACGGACCUGGAUGCCAGCAAGAUUAAGACCGGGCACUUCGACGAGCGCUACGUGCUGUCGUCCCGGGUGCGGACGGGGCGCAGCAUCCGCGGGCUGAGCCUGCCGCCGGCCUGCACGCGGGCCGAGCGGCGCGAGGUGGAGAAGGUGGCGGUGGAGGCGCUCAACGGGCUCGGGGGCGACCUGGCGGGCCGCUACUACCGCCUCGGCGAGAUGACGGACAAGGAGCAGCAGCAGCUCAUCGACGACCACUUCCUCUUCGACAAGCCCGUGUCCCCGCUGCUGACGGCGGCGGGAAUGGCCCGCGACUGGCCCGACGCCCGCGGCAUCUGGCACAACAACGAGAAGACCUUCCUGAUCUGGAUCAACGAGGAGGACCACACGCGCAUCAUCUCCAUGGAGAAGGGCGGCAACAUGAAGCGCGUGUUCGAGCGGUUCUGCCGGGGCCUGAAGGAGGUGGAGCGGCUGAUCCAGGAGCGGGGCUGGGAGUUCAUGUGGAACGAGAGGCUGGGAUACAUCCUGACCUGCCCGUCCAACCUGGGCACGGGGCUGCGGGCCGGCGUCCACAUCAAGCUGCCGCUGCUGAGCAAGGACAGCCGCUUCCCCAAGAUCCUGGAGAACCUCCGGCUGCAGAAGCGUGGGACGGGCGGGGUGGACACGGCCGCCACCGGCAGCGUCUUCGACAUCUCCAACCUGGACCGGCUGGGCAAGUCGGAGGUGGAGCUGGUGCAGCUGGUGAUAGACGGCGUGAACUACCUGAUCGACUGCGAGCGGCGGCUGGAGAAGGGGCAGGACAUCCGCAUCCCCUCCCCGGUGCCGCAGUUCCGGCACUGAGCCGGUCCGGAGCGGCAGGACCCGGCUCCUCCCCACCGCUUGCGCCAGCGCCGUGCCCCGCAUGCUGCUCUCCUGUAGCCCUCGAGGCCUCGUGCCAGCCCCCAUAAACCUGCGCUGCUGCAGCCACG